AUGAUUGGCGAUGAGCCGUAUACAUUGGGCCAAGAGGAUUACGAUCGUCUCCGUCCUCUUUCAUAUCCCCAAACAGACGUCUUUUUGGUCUGUUUUUCUGUAACCUCACCAGCUUCUUUCGAAAAUGUCAAAGAAAAAUGGUUCCCUGAGGUUCAUCAUCACUGUCCAGGAAUUCCAUGCCUGAUUGUCGGUACUCAAAUAGAUUUGCGAGAUGAUCCAUUGGUGGUUGAAAAGCUAUCACGACAAAAAAUGAGGCCCGUAACUUCAGAGCAAGGCGAGAGACUCGCUCGAGAAUUAGGUGCUGUUAAAUAUGUUGAAUGUUCAGCUUUGACUCAAAAGGGUUUGAAAAAUGUUUUUGAUGAGGCUAUUGUUGCAGCCUUGGAACCACCUGUUACUAAGAAAACUCGUAAAUGUAUUGUGCUGUAG